GACUUGGUCUCAAGUUUCCCCGGAAUACUGACGCGAAGCAUAAAUAAAGAAAUAAUUCCUUCAUUCGAUGCACUUAAGAGCAUUGUUCAGUCUGGUCAAUCAAAUGAUUAAAUGCGUGGAUUAUUAGUGCGGACCGAGUUGAUAGAGUGAUGAUAAAUGUAGAGCUUUUGAGAAAUGAAGGUGUUCCUGAAACCAAUAUUAUUAAGUAUCUAAUCCUACAUCCAAAAGUAUUUACGGCCAAUAGAUUUGUGGAGAUCCUAGGAAAGGUUAAGGAAAUGGGUUUUAAGCAUUUAGAAAUCAAAUUUUUUAAAGCUGUGUAUAUGCUGACAGAAAUGAGUGAAGCCAGUUGGAGAAACAAAGUGGAAGUUUACAAGAAAUGUGGGGGUUGGUCUGAGGAUCAAAUUCAAUCAGCAUUCAGGAAGGAUCCUAAAUGUUUUAAGGCCUCUGAGAACAAGAUUACGGCGGUUGUGAAUUUCCUUGUGCAUGAAAUGGGUUAUGAUUCGUCAAUUGUUGUUGAGAACCCAAUAGUUUUUUGUUGCAGCUUGCAGGAUAGAAUUAUCCCAAGGUGUUCUGUUAUCAGGGUUUUGGUCUCCAGGGGUUUGCUUAAAGAAAACAUUUCUCUAACUACACUUUGUGAAGAUGAGUCUUUCUUGGAGAAAUUUGUGAAUAAAUAUGAGCAACAAGUUCCUGGAUUAAUGAAGGUAUUCGAACGUAAGUUGAAUUACCAAGAGCUGCUACAGAACUGAAGGAAUUGCUGAGAUUGAUAUGUCGGUGGCGGUAUGUAGAUUAUUUGAAUUCACUUUACAUCUUGCGUAUCUUAAACGUUUCAUUCCAUGCUUGUUUUUUUAAUUUGGAGAUGAAAUGGAGUAGUAUCUUUUAUACUUCUAUCAUGGUUGUAAGUUUAUCUACAACUACUGCGUCGGUUGCCUGAUUUUUUGUUGUGAACCGAAGGAUAUAUCUUUUUGGUGGGAUGUGUGGUUUGUUGUGUUAUUAGGAAAUUUAUACUGUUAUAUAGACUGCAAUCAUGACAAUUCAAAGAAUCAAAAGUAGUUGCUUAUAUGAGCUCUUAUGGGUUCUUCGUCAGAAAGCUCAUAGGUUUCUGUUAACUAAGUUAGUCAGUGUGAGGAACUUUUUGGAGGGCAUUCAGGCAAACUAAGAUAAACCAAUGAGUUCUGUUAUGUGCGUAUUAGAAGGUGUCGUGUUUAUAAGUGUUUGAAUGUAAUUUAAAUUCUAAUAUUAUUGGUGCUAGUAGAGUCUAUCUUACUUGUCCUAGAAUGUAGGAAUUCUUUGUGUUUAAAGUUAAUAGAAUUUGUGUACGGUUAUCUUUAGAUAACCAUUGUGUUAGUCAGUUCCUUUGCAGUUGUAGGAAGUUAUGUAACGUCUCCCUCUGUGUAUAUAUUGCGAUUAAUGAAUGAAGAAAAACAGAGAAUUAUUAUGUUAAACAAUUGUUAGUCUUCUAACAGAGGUAUUAGUGUCCCUUUGACGAAACUAGAGGUCCGGCGUCCCUCUGACGAUACCGAAACCAUUACUACAAACCAUUUUAUUAUCCGUUUCAUCUUCACUGAAUCAUCAAAUCCAUGAUCUGUUAUGCAUUCAAGCACAUAACAAGUUCAGUGGGUUGCUUGUCAUAUGAGUUCUUCCUUUCGUCAUGUGAGCUCAGUAAUGGCAAAGAGUGGGUAGGAGAAAACCGAUCGUGAUCAUUGUAUG